UCUUUGUUAUGCAGCCAUAUUUGGUCUAGCCUUUUAUUAUGAUUUGUUCAAGUUUAUCAGUCUCCUUACCUCAUUAGUUUAUCUGUAAUUAUUGUUUAAUCACUAAUGUCACAAUGUCAUUUUCUUUAUAAUUGCACUUCUCAUUAAGACUUUAAAAAUAUGUGGCAUCCGUGAUACUUUUAUGGACAUCCUGCCGGUCCCGAGGCCUCAGCGCGGCUGUGGCGGCGGCCGAGACUGGGAGCCAGCGCCGUGUCUGACAGACCUCCGACGACAUCGAGAAAAAAGAAAGAAUAGCAAAAUACCAUGGGGCAGAGGACGCGUAUCAAGAAGGCCUUUUCCCUUCACUUCGUGCCUGCCCUUCUUCUGCUGCUCUUCCUUUGCACAGGACUCUGCGCCGGCCCCGGCCCGUGCCCAGACGUGUCCUCCUCCGAGCGCGCGCGCCUCAACACCUGCCGAGUCAUCUCGUGGGGGCGCGUGUUCGAGCAGGACGCUAGGCCGGAGGGCUGCGCCCGCGGCUUUCGGGUCCUUCUCACGAGACAUUUCAAGGCCGAACCGCCCGACCCCGUGCUGCAGGUCCUUCAACCCCCCGGCUGCAGCGGCGAACGGGAAGGCGGCCCCGGGGAGGGCUGGGAUCGGCCCCACGAGUCGGUUCUUGCCCUCGAGGCGAACCAGGAAUAUCGGUUCUACCUGAACGGGACAGACCAACGGCUACGCCUCGUGGCGGCUCUCAGAGGCCGCUGCGCUCACCCCCCGGAGCGGAAGAUAGCCAAACGCUGGCUCUCCCACCAGAUGGAUCUAGAAAUUCAAGGAGCUUGGCAGAGGAACGCAUCGGGGAUAUUUGUUGACAUAGAAAACGGGAAUCCCUUCUCCCUCGAGUGCAGGGUAACUAUUUCUGAUCAUGAUUCGAUCCCUCAGCUAGAGUGGGAGCUUCCGGUCUUGGCCAAUAAGACUGGAAAUGUGAGGUUACAACGUAGAGAUGGAAGUUAUAAGCUCAGAAGCAUCGUUAAUGUGACAGAAGCGCAUGACACUGACACCGGCUUGUACCGUUGUCUCCUCGAAAUUGAUGGCGGAGCGGUCGAGCCGGAAGAAGUUCACGUCAACGUUAUUGCAAAGAACACGACGUACGUGUAUUUGAAAACAGAUUCUCCAAACAUACACAGGGACAGCAGCGAAGAGGUCGACAGCGUGGUGUGGCCCCUUCACAUAAGAGCAUACCCCAAGCCGGAAUUCAUCUGGAGGAAAGGAGACAAGGUCUUACUGGACUCCGCCACGCCGUCGGGAGGGGGAGGUCGCUACUCCUUGGACGUCGCGGGUUUCGCCGAAGGGGAAGUCCUCGCCAGCAUUUCCUCUCCCGCGCUCGCCGACGUCGGGGACCACACGGUCGAGGCCGCCGUCGGAGGAGGGGGCGUGGCCGAUAGCGUGACACUCGCUUUCACGAUGGAAGUCCGGGCGAGAGUUGACUCCUUCCGGCUGACUCCUUCGCGGCGGAUGUGGCGAAGGAACGACACUUUCCAGGUCACUUGCGCGGCCGAAGGAUAUCCCAGGCCGUCGGUCGAACUCUGGGCCCGGGAGUGCAGCCGCAAGGACUACUGUUUGCCUGAGAAAUCUGUGGCGGAUCUUUGGGGUGCCACCUCGACCCGCCUCGCCCUCCAGCUGGGCAUGACGGCGGUGCCACGGGAGUUCGAGCUCGUGAGGACGCAGAGGGCGUGGGAGGGCGUGGCCAUGGAUCCGGCCGUCUUCGUCUGCGUGGCGAGCAACAGUCUCGGGUCCAACGCGAGCGAGCCCAUCGAAUUACUUGUGACCGAUACCGAAUGGAACACGACCUUGUACCUGGAUGUCGCCUUGGACGGAGUCUCUCAAGACGGCCACAAUUUGACCUUUGUGGAGGGCGACAACCUGACCUUCACCUGCUACGGGAACAAGAUGCUCACCAGCCAAGACUUGCGCUGGAAGCUCGACGGAGAGCGGCUGACAGUUGCACAGAAUGAGACGGAUCUCUCUUACGUCAUCGCGUUGGCCAUGUCCGACGUGCAGCUCAGGGAGAGCAGGACGGACCUGAUCUGCUACGACGAGGCGAACCCCGAAGUGGCUAUGAGGAGAGUGUUCCAUGUACAAGGUAGAAGACGAGCAAUGCAGAAGCCCGCGUGGGAGGCAGGUCUCGCGCCCCCCAAGGACACCACAGGGCGCCACCUGGGGGACCACCUCACCCUCCGCUGCCUGGCUUCUGGGAUCCCCCCGCCCGUGGUCGUCUGGUACAAGGACGAAAAGGAGAUCAAGGAGAACCAGAAGAACAUGGUGAUCACAGACCAAGGACUCAACUUCCCAUAUUUACUAACUGGCAACACAGGCGAAUAUAAAUGCGUGGCGAAGAAUCGCGCUGGCAGCAUCGAGGCCAGGACGUUCGUGCAAGUGACAGACCCCAACACGCCCUUGAGCCAUAAGACGAUGGUUAUCAUUGUGUCAGUGUCCGGUUGUGCGUUGCUCUUCGUAGUCGUGUUCGUCUGUGUAAAGAUUUAUAACCGUAAGUCUCAGUCUCCUUCAAAGCCAACUCGUGAUCAGCCACACGUCAGCCCCUUCGAACAGCCGGUCGCUGGCGAGGGAUUCAACUCCCAUUCUCCUCGCCAGAGACGCUUGUAUGCUCUGCGCCUGGAGGAUCACAGGAUAUUCGUUCGAGGGUCUCCCGAGAGGCUCAACCCACAGCUCGGCCUCGACCAGCAGGUAGACCUCCUGCCUUAUGAUACCAAGUUUGAAGUACCGAGGAAUUCCAUCAUUUUUGGACAGCUUCUGGGAUCGGGUGCUUUCGGCCAGGUGUACCGCGCCACCGCCCUCGACCUCCGGCCGGGGAAGCCGCGCACCACGGUGGCCGUCAAGAUGGCGAGGUCUCACGCCGACAGCGCCCAGCUGAAGGCACUGCGCUCGGAGCUCAAGAUCAUGGUGCACAUCGGCCGCCACAUGAACAUCGUCAACCUGCUGGGCGCCUGCUCGAGGGACUUCGCGGCGAAAGGCGAACUACUGCUCGUAGUCGAAUAUUGCAAGCAUGGAAACAUCCUUGACUACAUGAGGCGGCGCCGCAAGGAAUUCGUGGACCAGAUGAGCGAAAAUGCUGGUUUGGGUUCAGGGGUAAGGACAUCGAGCGCCCUCAAGAACGCCCACCUCCACUUCGGGCCGGAAGCCGUGUACUACAACAGCAGCCGCAGUUCCAACGGCAGUCACUGCGGAGAGGCGCCUUGGUCGAGCGGCGAGCGCGGGCGCCCCUCGGCGGGUUUGCGAAUGAGCUCGGCCUCCUCCAACUACCGGCACCUGGCGUCAGACAUGAGCACCGUUACCUGCGAAAGUAGCCUUGGAUUUUCGGAAGACCUUUUGCCGUGUGGUCGCCCAGGAACUUCCGAGACGAGCUUCUGUUCCCGAAGUCUGCUGCUGUGGGCCUUCCAGAUCGCCAAAGGGAUGGAGUACCUCGCUUUCAAGAAGGUUCUUCAUGGAGAUUUGGCUGCAAGGAAUAUUCUUCUGACAGAAGAUAAUGUUAUCAAGAUCAGUGACUUUGGAUUAGCGAAAGACAUCUACAGAAAAGAGAACUAUCAUAAGAAGAGUAAAGGCCCGAUGCCGGUGAAGUGGGUGGCGCUAGAAUGCCUGCGAGACGGCAUUUUCUCCACACAGAGUGACGUCUGGUCCUUCGGAGUCGUCCUCUGGGAGAUAUUCAGCCUGGGACGGAACCCUUACUCUGGCGUCGACUUCGAUGAGAAGUUCAUCGCCAAACUUGAGGGAGGAGUCCGGCUGGAGCAACCCAAAUAUGCUACUUUUGACAUGUACUGCACCAUGCGAGACUGCUGGGCGAAAGACCCCCUUGACAGGCCCUCCUUCUCGGAUCUGGAGACCAGAUUAGGCGCCAUGAUUGGGGAGGCAAAUAGACGGCACGUCCUUGAGCUCAACCAGCCAUACCAGAGUGAAGACUCCGACAGCGUUUUCAUAACUCGCCUGCAAAGUCCUGAUUACUCUGUCAAAGUCCACGAGGGAAGGAUACCUGGCAGUGACCACAGCACUGAGGCUGCUGCUCCGCCCUUCGUCUUUUCACCUGCCAGCACAAGUCCUCAGAGUCCAAGAGGUGCUUGUGAUUCUGACGGAAACUACUUGUCCAUGCAAAGCUCCACUUCGGAUCACUAGGCGCUUCGAGGCUGAGACUGCCGGUUGUGGCCUCGCGUGGGGACGACGCCUGCGAACUAGUGGAAGGGCCACAUCUUCCCAUGGACUCGCAAAAUUCUUCGUCCUGCCAUUGCCCUCGUGUCAGCCGCCGGGCAAGGUUCGGAACCGGAGGAAAGGAACCUCUGAGACGUCUCAGCCAGGCAAAAUAACCCAGGUCACUGCCAGAACCCUUUCCUGGAGUCAAGGGAGAGGGACAGCCUCGCUACGAAAGGGCCUUCAGCCACGAAACAGGAGGCGGAGCCUGAGGACCACACGGGCGGAGAGGCACUUGAACAAUGGCAGAGUGUAUAUACAUAUAUAUGCAUAUGUGUCUGUGUGUGUUCAUGUAU